AUGCAUAUCGAGUCGAUUAUUCUCGAUGGCUUCAAAAGCUACUCCACGCGUACCGUGAUUGGGCCACUUGAUCCGCAUUUCAAUGCGGUAACGGGGCUCAAUGGAUCGGGGAAGUCCAACGUCCUAGAUAGCCUUUGCUUCUGUCUUGGCAUCACAGACCUCACUUGCGUGCGAGCUAGCAAACUGGAUGAUCUAAUAUACAAACAGGGACAGGCCGGUAUCACCAAGGCAACAGUCACUGUAGUUCUGAACAACAGACGCCAACCAAGCCCACUGCCAGAUGCCUAUCGUAAGAUGCCGGAGGUUACCAUAACACGCCAAAUUGCGCUGGGUGGCCGUAAUAGAUACUUCCUCAACGGACACCCCUCGACGCCAAAGGCUAUCGCAGAAUUUUUUCAAUGUGCCCGCAUGAACGUAAAUAAUCCACGUUUCCUUAUUAUGCAGGGACGUGUCACCAAAGUUGUUAAUAUGCGUCCCAAGGAGUUGCUAGCGUUGAUUGAAGAAGCCUCAGGUACACGCAUCUACGAAAACAAACGAGCAGCAGCAAUGAAGCUUAUCCAGCGCAAGAACCAGAAGCUUGAUGAAAUUGCACAAAUAAUUAGGGAUGAAAUUGAGCCUCAGAUGAAACGACUUAAAAGUGAUUGUGAUGACUUUGUAAAAUGGAGCAACAUCAAGGAGGAGGCAGCAAGGCUUGAACGGUUCGACGUAGCACACCGCUAUUGGGUCGCAAAGAGCCGAUCUGAAGCUAGUAUGCGUCAAGAGGAAGAGGUGGUAGCCGAGAAAUCGGCUAUCCAGCAGGACUUACAGGCGCUUGAGGAACGUAACGCAGCUCUACAGGUGCAGUUCGAAGAGCGGAGGCGGCAAAUUGAACGGGGUAAUGGUCCGGCCGCGGAGAUUCAGCGAAGAAGAGACGCUGUGGCCAACGAAAUAGGGCAAAUGGAAUCCGAAAUCACGCUGAUGAACCGAGACGUAGAUGAGCUGCAGAACGCUGUCAACGAAGCACAAGUUGAAAUUGCAAACGCUUCUAGAGAACUUGAACGACGCAAACAAGAAUCACAAAGUGAUGCUGAUGCUAUCUCGCAGUUGACAGAGAAACUCAAGCACAACAAAAUGCGAGUGAUGGAGCUAGAAAAUGCGUUGGGCCUGGCUACAGCGGCACCCGCUAAAAAUGGAGAACCUGUAGCCGGGGGUUCACGGCAACACCAGCUAAAGGACAUGAAAUCGGAACUCUAUCGUAUGGAGGCAGAGGAGAUUGCGUUGGCUAACUUUAUAGAACAUAGUGAACGAGAAAUCGCACAACAGAGGCAAGUAGCGGCAAGCAUGGACACCGAGUUGCGGAAUUUCGAACGAAACAAACAAGAAGUUGAACGACAGAGGGAUGAUAUUAAUACGCAGCUACAAUCUGUUCAGGUCCUAGUAGGGAAUUUGGGAGGGCCAAAUGUUGUCACUGAUCUCGAACGCAAGUUACGGGAACUGCGAGAGCGAAAUGAGCGUUAUAGUGAAACCGCAAAUGUACUAGAGGCCGAUCUCAACCGUUCGCGCACUCGUGUUAGCGUGCCACAACACUUAGGUCAGAGAUCUGCAACCGACCUCAGAGCGCCAUAUUACGGACAGGCAUUUGAACUAAUGCAACUCAAACAGGAAUGCCAGGAUCAGGUGGCAUUGCCUGUACAUGUGCUUUUCGGAUUUAAACUUUACUAUCUAAUAGCACGUGAUAAAGAAUGCGCCAAAGCAAUAUUUGAAGCUAACGGAUUAGCACGGAACGCCAGGAAAGUUACUGUGCUACCACUGAACGAUGCUGUGGUCGGACGAGUCGCGUCGGAGGAAGACAAACAGCAUUGUCGCAAACUAGUCGAUGUAGACUUGAGUGACACUACUACUGUGGCCGGAUAUAAGGAUGUUCUUACAUUCGAUCCUAGGUUUGAAAAACUUGCAAAGUAUUUAGCUGGUAAUGCGCUCAUAUGCAGCUCAAGUCAAGUGGCACGCAAAAUCGCAUACCAAAAAGAUCGAUCUCGAGCGUUUCCAACGGCAACAUUCCAAGGAGACAAAUUUGAUGUAGGAGGAUCUAUGUCUGGCGGUUCCAACAAAGGCAUGCAUAUGGUCCUCCUGGUAGCCAGCCAGCUACAGGAGGCACGAAAGCAAAUCAGCGCGAUCAGCGCAGAGUGUAACGCCCUGGAAAGUCAACUCCAGACGGCACGGAAAACUCUGAGCAGAUACGCUGAGCUUAAGAAAGAGUUGGAGAUAUGUGAAAGCAACCUCAGGAGCAUCAACGAGCGUUUUAACAGCUUUGGAGCGACAGCAGCGAUGCGGAAGGCCGAAGAUCUGAAUGCCGCAGUUGUGGAAAAACGAAAGAUUAUGGUCGAACUGAAAGAGCAACGUGGCGCUCUUGAGAUGAAAAUACGUGAAAUAGAAGCCGAUCUUAUCGACUGGGACAAAAACCGUGCCAAGAAAGAAUCUGAGGCUAAGGAGCAACUCAAGCAGCUGAAAGCCCAAAUAAAACGCGAUUCACAAGAUAUUGAUCGAAUGAAUCAGGCUAUGUCAGCUGUACAACUUGAACAGGACCAUUUACAACGUCGGGUUGCUACGGCCAAGGAGGAGAUGCAAUCUAAAGAGAAAGCGGUGUCCACCCUUAUGUCUAAGGUUGGGGAGCUAACAAACAAUCUUGAAAGUCGUCGCGGACACUUAGCAGAGAUUGACGCGCAAUUGGUCGAAAUAACUCGGCAACUAUGUGCUUCCCAGGAAGAGUUGGUCAAAAUGCAGAGGGACCUAGAGGCCGCUAACCAAGGGAAGGCGGAGAUGACUCUGCGACUUAAGAAGCUGGAGUAUGAGUUGCAAGAAGUUGAAAAGGAAGCUCAAGAUGCGUUGGUAGUGGCCGAUCGCUUAGUACGCGAAAACCCGUGGAUAGUCGCCGAGGAGGAGAAUUUCAACCGCAAGGGUUCCACUUUCGACUUCAGCAGCAUCCGCCUAGACACAGUGACCAAGCGCCUCGCAGAGCUACAACAACUUAGACAAGAUUUAUCGCGUCGGGUAAAUCGCAAGGCGCAGCAAUUAUACGAAAAGAUGGAAGGCGAUUACCGAGACCUGCUGCAGAAGACACGAAAGGUCGAGGCCGAUAGAGACAAAAUUCACAGCGUGAUCGCAGAUCUGGACGUUAAAAAGCAUGAAAACAUCAACGAAAUCUUCCGCACGGUCACAAGGUACUUCUCUGAUAUUUUUCAUGUUCUUCUAUCCAACGCCGAGGCGAAGCUAGUACCGGUAGGGGGUGACAUUGCGAACGGCAUAGAAAUGAAGGUUGGUUUUAACGGGGCUUGGAAAAGCUCACUAUCUGAGCUAUCUGGAGGUCAACGUUCCUUACUGGCGUUAGCUCUAAUCCUUGCCAUGCUCAAAGUCCGACCUGCCCCCAUAUACAUCCUCGACGAAGUCGAUGCAGCUCUUGACCUGAGUCACACUCAAAAUAUUGGCAAAAUGAUUAAGACACAGUUUCCAAACUCGCAAUUCCUUAUCGUAAGCCUUAAGGAAGGAAUGUUUUCGAAUGCUAACGUACUUUUCAAGACCCGCUUCGUCGACGGAUAUUCGACAAUUAUGCGUCACGCAAUAGCAGACAAGCAUCCCGCAAAGAAGCACAAGGAGGCGGAACGUUAA